AUGGCACUUGAUUUAGCGUUUCCCACAAGAGAGAAAGUUGCAUCGACCCACAAGAAGGAUCGCCUGUACAGGGAAGGAAAUGGGUUUUUCAUGUAUGUCAGGUGUGGAGGAUGCAGGCACACAACAUGCUGUUAUUCGCACUCCCAGACAAAUGUUUCGUGUGCUGGGUGUGGAGAUAUAAUUCUGACAUCCUCUGGAGGCCGUGCUAUUGUGUCACCGAACUGUGAGUUCAAGAGGAUCAUAAGAAACAUUGAUUAA